GUGACACUCAAUAAAUCCCAUGGAAGUCAUUUUUAAGUAAACAUAUAAACAAGUUAUUCUGUGCUCUAAUAUUGGUUGGGGCUAGGGCUCUACACAAGUCACCCUGCUGGUCAUCCUUAUAUAAUUUAUUGCUAUUGCAUUCCAGCUUACACCAUUUUUAAUACAAUAAGGAUGAAGGCCAAUGUAUCAUGAUUGCAACUCUGUACAUGUUUGUUGCAAAUAUAAAGGAAAACAAAAUGUCCUAUAACGUAUGUCUUGCCCGCAACAAUGCAAGAGUUUGUAAUGGAACUUGUAAUGGUGGGGGGAAACAUGAUUCACUGGUUAUUUACCAAGUAUAUAUUGUUUUCAUUGCAAUAUAAAGUGCUUUAUGCAUCCAAGACAAACACACACACUUUAUGAAAUUUGCUUUCUACAAACUCAACCCGGAGCAUGUUAUUCCUCUAUUUUCAUCUCUUCCCCGACUUUCCUAAAUAACCUAAUUUGUCAUAAUUUGCGAUAGAUGCAAUUUAUUCACUGAAAGAAGUAUAGGCUAUUUGUGUUUUAGUCAUAUAUAAUGGAAAGAUAAAAUGUACAAUUUUUUUGUUUUUGAGUGAAGUUGGUCUUCAAAGUCAAGCAUUAGGACACUAGGACAACAUUUGUUGACUGCUUUUUAGUCUGUACAAAAAUGUGUGUACCUGUUAAUCAAUGGGAAGGGCGUGGAUUAAGUGCGGAUUCCUGGUUUUUGCAGGUAGCAGUUUUAAUUCAGUUGUAAAUACUGUGUUGAGAACUCAUGAGAUGUGUUGGUAUGUUGUUAAUCUUGGCAGCGAGAACAGAAUAAAUGAAUUUAAGCCAUCUAGACCAGUGGUUCUCAACUUGGGCCAGAAAGGGCCGGUGUGGGUGCAGGCUUUUGUUCCAACCAAGCAGUUACACACCUGAUUCUACUAAUCAAGGUCCUUAGUAAAGACUCCAAAGGUUGAUUAGUAGAAUCAGGUGUGCAAAUGCUUGGUUGGAACAAAAGCCUGCACCUACACUGGCCCUUUCUGGCCCGAGUUGAGAACCACUGAUCUAGACCUUAUAACUUGCACAGACUGGACAGAAGUAGACAGAAAACAGCCUUCGCAUUACAGGGGCACACCUACCCGAGCAUGUGAGUGAAGCAGAGCGCGAGCUGAAUGACGAGUGGAGUGGAGCAAGCUUUCAAAAGGAUGGACCGUCUCUUCUUUCACUCUGCUUUCGCUCCAAUAUCACUCACUCGCAAGCUUUGCGCAUGAGCAGACAGAAAACUUGGUGCAGUAGGCCUAUGCUGCUUGCCCAUUUUCACAACUCCUAUCCCGUAGCAACUAAGCAGUUGGCAAGCAAUUUGCUCAACAGUUUCAAUAUUUUCGCAUGGAGGCUGAAUAGUUGCACUGUAGACAUGUAUUCAAAAGAGGGAAAAGAAGCGAGAGACUGAUGAUAUGGUUCCGUUCUCAUAUCUAGUUCAUAAUUUUCGUUUCUAGUUCAUAAUUCCUCCUGCAUUGAAUUAAUUGAAUAUAGGCAGCCUCAAAUGUUACCUAAAUUUGUAUUCCCCGAAGUCUGUUCAAAGACUCUUCAUUGUAAUUAGUUCUAUGAUUCACUAUGUCAAUGCUACCUAUCAUUUUACGGACACAUCGGUUGUUAGAUAUUGUUUACACAAUAAAAACUAAAGCGAUUAAUGCGCUUGCUUUCCAUCACUUAACAGGUGUUUCCCUAUAAUAGACCAUUUUCCGUAAAAUAAAAAAUAGCCUACACCCAUUUAAUAACAGAGAUGAUAAACUGGCUCUGUUCCGUAAAAACAGUGUCUAUAUGAAUACUGCGUAUAGUUUAGGCUACUUGUGUUUUCUUUUUGUUUUAUUCUCAAAUUUAAACAAGCAUUGUAUUAAUAAAAAGAUAUUUGUGUUUACUCUCCUAUUACACCGAUUUAACUUUCAAAUCACAUGCAGCCUAUUCGGGAGCUUUGACUUGUUUAUUAAAGAAAUGUCACGGUUGUAAUUUUUUCUAUUACACUACUUCAGAGUCAAAAUAGGAAAUAUUUUUGUGAUUAGGUUAAAUGAUACUUAAAAAAAUUUGUAAAACAAACGGAGCUGAUUUUGAGCGAUACCUUCCUGUGAGCCGUGAAGAUUUUGGGGCGGAGUGGGGGAGAAGGACAUGGAGCGGGGGAGCAGAGCGCAAAUGCACUCUCAAGCAAAGAGCAACAUGUGCUCCAACUUCGCUCCGCUCACUGCUCUGACACCUACCAGUAUCUUGUAUGCCUAGUGUUUCAAAUGGCGGUCUCAAACAUUGUCUUGAAUCAAUGACAAUGCUUCUUCUAGUUUGAUAAUGCUGCAUUUAGUUUAUACUAAAUACUAGGACGAAAGGUAGUCAGUUCCUUCUUCUAGAAGUUAGGAUUUCCCCAAUUUCUCUAGGGACAGUCCAUAUUAAUUCAGCUGAAAACCGGGAUGGCUCUGUACUCCACAAUUUUAGAUUUGUAAUCAAACAAUUCAUAUGUGGUUAAAGUGCAGAUUCUCAGAUUUUAUUUAAGGGUAUUUUUAUACACAUAGCCCCCACCCCCCGUUCCGGGCACCACAAGUGAAUUGCUUGAUUGCAAACAUGAAAUAAUGGACUACAGUGCCAAAUCAAAAAAAAAAAGUCUUUGCCCCAAACAUGAAGCUCACUGUAAGACCAAUCAGCAGGAAAGGUUCUUAACGGCAAGCGGGAGUUAUUACUCGGUUUCAGUUUGUGUGAAGGUUUUCACUGCACCGAUCCUUUUUGGUAAUACUUUAAAGUUGUUACCUCAAUUCCAUUUAAAGGUUUUAGCUUUUCAACUGCUGAGCAGAAGUUAAGUGUAAUUUGACACACCCUGACUACGCUGUAAAUGCUCUUUCCUUGAGGGAGAGAAAGAGCGAUGCAAGUCUUUCCAAAAAACAAAAACAAUUUAAAGGCACUGUAGACAAAGCAUUUAUUUUUCUUUUUGACCUGUGAUUCGUUAUUACCUAUUACACUAUGUUAUGCAUAUAUUUGGAUAGUUUCAUUGGCAGGUUUAUGUGGCAGCUAUAUAAAUGUGCUGUCAUUUGUUUACUCAUUGUGUAAUAUGCGUUUCCUUUUGCAGGCUGCUUCCUGCUGGUUUGCGUUUUCGGUGCAGUUCUAUUCUUUUCACUUCUCUGUGCAGUACCUCCCUGAACACGCACCCAAGCUGAAAGAGUAAAAGACAACAAAAGUUAUGGCUGAAGAAUCAAGCACGCUUUUUUAUGAGAAUCAUUAUUGGGAUUACAAUAAUUUUUCAGACGUUUUUAACAUAAGUGAUUUCUACCAGGAUACCAUCCGCCCCAUGAAUAUUGUAUCAAUUGUACUCUGCAGCCUGACAUGUAUCUUGGGUCUCCCUGGCAAUGCCUUUGUCAUAUGGAUAGCAGGGUUCAAGAUGAAGAGGACAGUCAACACUGUCUGGUUCUUGAAUUUAGCAAGUGCUGAUUUCCUCUGCUGUUUGUCCAUACCUUUUUCCAUUGUGGAAAUAGCUUUGGACUACCACUGGCCCUAUGGCAACUUAAUGUGCAAAGUUAUUCCCACGGUCAUCAUCCUCAACAUGUUCGCCAGUGUCUUCAUACUGACCCUGAUCAGCCUGGACCGGUUUGCUCUGGUCAUCAAGCCCGUUUGGUCUCAGAAUCACCGCUGUCUCUCUCUGGCCUAUCUGCUGAGUGGAACUACUUGGUUUAUGGCCCUUCUUCUCAGCAUUCCCACCAUGAUCUACAGGGAGUCUCAUUUCACUGACUUUACCAACAUCACCACCCGGUGUGCGUACAGCAGUGACAUGACACAAUCCGUUGCCAAAAAGAUCUAUGUUAGUAGGUUUGUGUUUGGAUUUGUGAUUCCUCUCUUCAUCAUUGUUGCAUGCUAUUUGCUUAUUGGCAGUAAAGUAAGCCAAAGUUCAUUCGGCCGGUCCCAGAAGGCCUUGAAGCUCAUUAUUGGGGUCAUUGUAGCAUUCUUUGUGUGCUGGCUCCCAUACCAUGUGGUUGGUCUGAUACUAGAAUAUACAGAGGACUUUCCCAAUGCUGUGAUUAGGUCCCUUGAUCCACUGUCAGUCGCCCUUGCAUACAUCAACAGCUGUCUGAACCCCAUCCUGUAUGUGUUCAUGGGCCAGGACUUCAAAGAAAAGGUCCGGCUUUCUCUUAGACGUGUCUUGGAGAAUGUUUUUGAUGAGGAUGUGUCUCGGUCUACGGCCCACUCCAGAGAGCAGCCAUCACGGGCCACAAAUUCAUCUGAAGCACAGCUCUGAAAUCCCAGGAAUAGAAGGUGGCAACAAAAAAAGUCACAAAGAACCUGGCAGUCUUAUGCCAUCACCACCACUAUCCUUGCUUAAAUGGUACUGAUAAGUCAACCAUAAAUAUGGGCAAUGGGGUACUUAUACAAAAUCUUUGCUACUUUGUCAACCAUAGUUUACCUUUAAUAUAGUUUACAUUGGGUUGAAAAAUAAUAAUAAUUAUUAUAAUUAAAUAAAAUGUAAAGUAUAUUCAAAUGCUUUAGCAUGGUAUUGUUGACUAUAAGAUUGAAAAUUUUUUAAGUGUAAGUUUUUCAUAAUUGCUUUGAACUGUGCUCUCAAAGGUCUCAAAGCAAAUUACAAUCACUUAAAAAACAUGAUGAUCAAAGGGGAGUAGCCCAUGAUAUUUCCCGUAAAAGCUUAAAUUGCCGUCAUUACAAGAAUAAAAAUGAAUGUCAUUCUUCAUGACUCAUGGCACUGAUUGUGAUAAACUGGGUUAAGCUAUCCAAAUGAAAAGUAGCAUUAUGCAGUUAACAACACCAAGGUGUUUUUUCACUAGUGCCGUCAGCAGUGAUUCCAUGAUAAUCCUGACCUUGGAUCAUUUUAUCAUGUGAAUAUUACAUAAAUAUCUUUCAAAUAUCUUGUCAUUGUAGAGGACACGCUUUUUCCAUUGGGCAUCAUAGCUCACGAGGUAAGAGCGGUUGUCUGUCAGUCAGAGGGUUGCCGGUUUGAUCCCCCGCCCUGGGCGUGUCGUAGUGUCCCUGAGCAAGACACCUAACCCCUAAUUGCUCCCAAUGAGCUGAUUGGUACCUUGCAUGGAAGCCUUUCACCAUUGGUGUGUGAAAGGGUGAAUGACAGGCAUCAAUUGUAAAGCGCUAUAUAAAUGCAGUCCAUUUACCAUUGUAACUCCCACUAUUAUAAGCAACACUAUACUAAUUAACCAGUCCUAAGGUAGAACUAAUUGGAGCUAAUUUCAUGAAAUAUUCACUGCAAACCAGAUAAUGUACAGCGUUCAGACUGCUUGUUUAUUUAUGUCCAGUGCAUGUCCAGUUUUUCUUGUAAGUCUUAAUCAGGAAAUGAUUGCAGUAAAAAUGUCAUGACUUCCUCAAAUUCUAUGAGUCAGUCAGCAAAAAAGCCUUAGGCAGUGUCAUCACUUCAACGCAUGCUGAAACAGAAUAUGAGCAGAAUAAUUCUAUACAUGGAAGGAGCCAUCAGCAGUCCUAUCCCUUUGUUAAAAAUAUAAUUUCCUAUACUGCUUCAGCACAUACAACCUGCUUGGAGGUUCUGCUGCACAUGUUUUACUUUAUCCAAGUGUCUUUGCUUAUAAUGAAUAUGUAUGCAAAGGAAUAAUAACUAAUAUCUAUUUGAACAUACUCAUGGUACACUUUUCAAUCCUAUCAUAUCAAUAUUAUGAUUUUUUACAAUGUUUGUUUUUUAUAAACUAUUGCUAUUGCAAAUUAACUGUCAAUCUGUUGACCUGCAUUAGUUUAUAUCAGUUCUGCAUAGUUCUGUUGUCAAAGAGCAUUAAAUAUGUCAGAGAAUUUAAUAUUUAUUCCAACUUUUAAGCAUAGUAUUAUUCAGUCACUUUGCCAACUCUCUCCUGCCUGUUCUUAGCUAACAGCCAAACUCCAAAUGUACAGCCAGAUGUACUGUCCACUGUGACUGCUAAUGUUAAUCAAAAUUGUAAACAUAAUUUCUGAUUUCCAUUGGCUCUUUUAAAAAAUCAUAGUCUGUUUUUCAUAACUCUCAGGUAUUGACAUGUGUAAAGUGUAUGUUAGUACAAAUUACAAAGAGAUAGCAAUUGGUAUUGCAAUUUAUAUUUUCAAAAAACAUUUUGAUCUGGUUUACCAGACAUCAAUUUAGCCUAGAUCUAAAAUAAAUAAAAAUGGAUGAUGAAGAUCUCCAUUGAAAAAAGUCUAGUCAUAGUCCAGGACUAAGCUUAAUCCGUGUCUGUAAGACCUGCCCUUUAUUCUUAAUACCCAGUUGCUAAUGAUUUCCCCUACACUGAUCAGUGGCCAGUUUACAUGUGAGUGCAAUUCAAGUAAUGUGACCCUGCAAAGUUCACAUAGUCCCAAAGAAAACUUGUAGAUAAACAUUUACUUAAAAACAUCACUUUCUUGUCUAUUGCUCUAUUUUGAGUUUUUUGUUAUUUCAACUUGAUUGUUGUUUCUGUGUUCAUUUUUUCCAUCAUAUUUUUUUCAAGUUUCCAUUUUAAGAAUAAGCCAGGAAUACCCCAAAUUGUGCAAUUUACUUCUGUAUUCAUGGAUUUUUUAUUUAGCACUUGCUCGUAAUCAUAUUGGGUAGAGAGGAAGGAAGUGCAGAACAUUUUGUACUUGGAGCCCUUAAGUUACAAAACUGUGGACAUAAUCAAGACAAAACUAAAUACAAAUAUUAAGGUUAAUAAAAUUUAAAAAGAACCUUUCUUGUCCUCAGUCUCUAAUUUAUUUUUAAAAUCUGGUUUCCAAACUGUGGUUCCCCGUGCCCUCUCAGUGAUGACUAAUUGUAAAUGCUAAGUUUGUCAGCCCAUAAAAUCUCAUGCUGAUUUAACAUUCAACAAAUGAAAUGACCCUUUUCUGUUGUGA